ACACGUUAGAGCAGGCAGUCCACUGAGUUCUCUCUCUCUCACACACACACACACACACACUCUCAGAGUGCAAGCGUGAACAGGUGGGCUCUCUCACACUCACGGCACAGUAGUGUUACCUAUGGACGCGUUAUGAGGAUCAGCGCGCGCUGGAGGAGUUCUCUGUGUGGAUUAUGUGUUUCUCAUGGCUGAGGCUUUGUGAGCUUCAGGAGCCGGCUGCACUGAUCUAACUCGGCGCGGUGGUUGUUUCUUCCCCUUGUUGCUGUUCUUCUGCGCGUUAAUAUGAAAGUGACGGUGUGUUUCGGCCGGACCCGGGUGGUCGUGCCGUGCGGAGACGGCAACAUUAAAGUCCGGAGCCUUAUCCAGCAGGCCAUCAUGAGAUACAGGAAAGCCAUAGCGAAGGACCCAGCCUAUUGGAUCCAGGUUCACCGGUUGGAGCACGGUGAUGGCGGCAUCCUGGACCUGGAUGAUGUGUUGUGCGACGUCGCCGAUGACAAAGACAGGCUGGUGGCGGUGUACGAUGAGCAGGACCCUCAUCACGGAGGAGACGGCACGAGCGCGAGCUCCACAGGCAGCCAGAGUCCGGACGUGUUCAGCAGGGGAGAGCUCAGCUCCGGCACACCAUCUGCCUUCCAGCCGUACCAGAACAGCAGCGAGAUCGAGGUCACACCGUUGGCCCUGCGCACCAACAUGCAUCUGCAAGUGAGGCGCAGUAGUGAUCCGGCUCUUGUGGGUCUGCCAGAGACUCCACUACAACCAGAGGAGCCUUCCAGGAAGAACCCGACACGCUGGUCCACCACGGCCGGCUUCCUCAAACCCAACGUCACCAGUGGUACCAACAGCUUGGAGCGCAAGGUUAAAGGACCAGCUGGGUACCGCAGUCUUCCUCGUGACACAACAGCAUGGGCCAACCAGUUCCACCGAGAAGGUGCACGCUCAUCCCUCAGUGCCAACCAUCCCAUGGUGGACCGCUGGCUCGAGCGCCAAGAACAGGAUGAAGAGGAGGAGGAGAGGAGGAGAGACGAAGGCAAGAACGGACGGAUAGAACCGGUGGGCCGAGCGGACUCCAUCUCUCUAGAUGACCUGCUCAAACCGGUGGAAGUGUCGAAUGGCGGCGGGCCGCUGGGAAUCCACGUAGUGCCAUUCAGCUCCAGAGACAGAAGGACUCUGGGGCUGCUGGUGAAGAGGCUGGAGAGGGGAGGAAAGGCCGAGCGUGAGGCUCUCUUUCAGGAAAACGACUGCAUCGUGCGCAUUAAUAACAGCGACCUGCGCAACAUCCGAUUCGAACAAGCACAGGAUUUAUUCAGGCAGGCCAUGCGUUCCCCGUUCAUCCUGUUCCACGUGGUUCCAGCAAUGAGGAAAGUACACUAUGAGCAGUUCUCCCAGAGUGAGCUAGGUGUCCAGUCUGGCCCUGGAGCUCCUGGCCCUGGAGUUCCUGGUACUCGAGUUCCUGGUCCUGGUCCCGGUCCCGGUCCCAAGCAUCUAUCUGCUGACUCCAAACCUGGUCCUGGUCCUGGUCCUGGUCCUAGUCGACUAUCUCCUGAAUCCAAACCUGGGGAAAGGGGUAGUGUGGUGGUCGGAGGCAUCGAUUACAGUCCUAAAAGAAUGUCGAAAAGCGGACCGCAUCCGAACAUCAAUCACCAGACCCCGUCUCCCCAAAUGGAGCAAAACCAAUCUUAUUCAGGAUCAGCACCUAUCAUCAGUCCAGCCAGCAAGGCUUCCACAGGCUUCACCAAAAAGAUCGGCCGCAAGUUCAACGUCCAGCUUCGAAAAGGUCCAGAAGGACUCGGCUUCAGCAUCACAUCACGCGACGUCCCCAUAGGAGGCUCUGCCCCAAUCUACGUGAAGAACAUCCUUCCUCGCGGAGCAGCCAUCCAAGAUGGCCAACUGAAAGCCAAUGACCGGCUGCUGGAGGUGAACGGGGUGGAUCUGAACGGGAAGACUCAGGAGGAGGUGGUGGCUCUUCUCCGCUCCACUCCAAUGGGAGGCACUGUUAGUCUGCUGGUCGUCCGCCAGGAGGACACCUUCCUGCCUCGUGAAGUGAAAGCAGAAGAUGAUGACUUGGUGCUUACUCCCGAUGGAACGCGUGAGUUCCUGACCUUUGAGAUUCCUCUGAACGAUUCGGGUUCGGCGGGGCUUGGGGUAAGCGUAAAGGGCAACCGCUCGAAAGAGAACCACGCUGACCUGGGCAUCUUCGUUAAGUCCAUCAUUAACGGCGGAGCGGCCUGCAAGGACGGUCGCUUAAGGGUGAACGACCAGUUGAUAGCCGUGAAUGGAGAAUCGCUGCUGGGAAAAACUAACCAGGAAGCGAUGGAGACGCUACGCAAGUCCAUGUCUGUUGAGGGCAACAAAAGAGGCAUGAUCCAACUCAUCGUGGCCCGGAUGGUGAGCGGGAGGAAUGAGGACGGAGCGAGAAGUCCAUCCGUGUCUGAGGUGUCACUCAACCGCUCUCUUGACGAUCAUGAGCGACGCAUCUCUCACUCUAUGUACCCCGGAGCUGUCGAGGGCCUUGACGACCCAAUCAACACUCGCUCCAUCAUGGGCAGGAUGAUCGGUAACUACCAGCUGUCCCCUACUGUGAACAUGCCUCAGGAUGACACCGUCAUCAUUGAAGACGAUAGGCCACCUGUUCUUCCUCCUCUCCUGUCUGACCAGUCAUCCUCCAGCUCCCACGACGACAUGGGCUUUGUGAUGGACCCUCCCGUCUCCUGGGAGAAAGAAAUUCCGAAUCAAGAUGAAAGCUCACUGAGUCCCGACACAGACCCUGACGGUGCAUUUCAGAGGGAGGGCUUUGGCAGGCAGAGCAUGUCGGAGAAAAGAACCAAACAGUACGGAGACGCCGCUCAAUACGAAAUCAUCAAGACUCGCAAAUCCAAGAGCAUGGAUUUAGUAGCUGACGAGAUUAACCUCACACCCCGCCCAAACAGGACAGAAGGUAACUCCACAAGAGAUGUAGGGCCCAAUCUGGGUCUGAAGAAGUCCAGCUCUCUGGAGAGUCUCCAGACAGCCGUGGCAGAGGUGACGCUCAAUGGGGACGUCCCUUUCCACAGGCCUCGUCCCAGGAUCAUCCGCGGACGUGGUUGCAACGAGAGCUUCCGCGCGGCUAUCGACAAAUCCUAUGACAGACCCGGUAUGAAUGUGGCGGGUGAUGAAGAGGAGGACGAAGGCAUGGAGACGUUGGAGGAGGACACGGAGGAAAGCUCACGCUCCGGGCGUGACUCCGUCUCCACAGCCAAUGACGUGGCCUUACCUGGAGCGGCGUACCAGGACGGCCAGGUGAACGGCGGACGGCCCAAAGACGAGCGGAAGAAGGAGAAAGGAGGGAAGGAAAAGAAGGAAAAGAACAAAGCCAAGAAAAGUGUACUGAAGGGCCUGGGUGACAUGUUCAGGUUUGGCAAGCACCGCAAAGACGAGAGAACAGGGGACAAGAUGGAGCGCAAAGGCUCAAGCAAGAACAAAAUGGAUGACAUGCAGGCCACAGAGGAGGAGAUGCAGAGGAUGCGUUUGGAGAGAGAGAGGAUCCAGGCCAAGACUAGGGAGAUAAGGGAGCGACAAGCCAGGGAGAGGGACUAUGCCGAGAUUCAAGACGUGACCCGAACCUUCAGCUCUGAUGAGGAACACCCCUACGCAGGCAUCGGCUCACUCGACUCGUCCAUGGACAGCAGCCAGAGCCUGAACCAGGAGCAAAGGCCGCACAGUCCCAGAGAGCAGGGCCUAGAGAGCCUCUACGCCCAAGUCAACAAGCCACGCAAUGAAGGACCACUGUCUUCAGAAAGCAACAGACUGGCGCCUAGCAACCAUGACCGGAUACAGCGGCUGAGGCAGGAGUUCCAGCAGGCCAAGCAGGAGGAGGAGCCUGACGACCGCCGCCGCACUUACAGCCUGCAGCAGCAGCCAUGGGCGACCGCUGGGGGUUACAGUCAGACAGGACGGCAUUCGGUUUCUGUAGAUGUUCAGAUGCAGAAACAGAAACAAGAUGACCGAGAUGCCUUUACACAAUCACAGAGACAGUACAACUCCUUACCACGGCAACCACGUAAGAACCCCAGCACCGUGUCUCAGGACUCGUGGGAUAAGAUCUACCCCCCUGGCGAGGUGUUCCAAUCAGCUAAAGAGAACCCACGCUACUCGAGCUACCAGGGCAGCCGUGGUGCUAACGGCUACCUGAGUGGACCGGCGCUGGGCCUGAACGCACGUGUGCUGCUGGAGACACAGGAGCUGCUCAGGCAGGAGCAGAGGCGCAAAGAGCAGGAGGCACAGGCCAAGCUCAGUCCACAAAACGACUCACUGGUCCUGUCCUCAAUCCCUAAAGGGCCCUACCGGCAGGACGUGCCACCCUCGCCAUCUCAGCUCGCCCGCCUUAACCGACUUCAGAGCCCUGAAAAGGGCCGGCUGUUUUACUCCUGAAGGGAGGACAGAGGUUGGAGUGGAGGGAUGGGACACACACUAUGAACUUUUCUGAAAACAUAGGGAUAUUUGGUUCUUGACUCUUUUUUUUUUUUUUAACCUGUCAUGCACAUCACUAUUUUUUUAAUACACAGUUAUGGUCCAGCCAUCCAACAACUCCACAUUGUGUGUGUGUGUGUGUGUGUGUGUGAAUGUUUUAGAAUGUGUGUCCUAGCAUUGACUAGCAUCCAAGCCAGUCCUGACAAUCAGAAAACAGCGAGCAGGUUUGCAUUUGUAUUACUAUAGCGCUGUGACCUACAUAACUCAUUUCACCCCACCCCCCAGUCGUGAACAUUGAACUGAGUGUUGAGGAAAGCAGCAAGUAUGCGUUUGCUCUUGCUCUGAAUACCAGAAAUAUUUUGAAUAUAUAUUUUUAUCUGAAUACUGCAGAAAAAAAGGAAAAAGAAAAAAAAGAAGUCAUGAGCUAGCUGUCGAGAUAUAUAUAUAUAUAUAUAUAUAUAUAUAUAUAUAUAUAUAUAUAUAUAUAUAUAUAUAUAUAUAUAUACAAAUGGGUGACAUUCAUUGAAAACCCGACAUACUGUGUAAGUAAAGUGUUGCCACCAUGAGCCACUGGAACAAUCUCAACGCUACUUGGUAUCAGUCUCUUCUACAAGCUGUACCGGACCGAUGAACACUGUUCAUGUGAUCAGUCAGAAGAACUUUGUUUUGAUUUGCAGUGACACUUUUUCCUCUUAAGGGGGAGGAGGAUGGAGAUACCAGAUUUUCCUUUUAUUUGUCACCUGUCUAUGUUCCUGAGAGGAAAAGAGACAGAGAGAGAGAGAGAGAGAGAGAGAGAAUGAAAGAAACUGUGAAAGAUUGAAACUAACCUGUAAAGUCAUUUCACUCGUCCUGUGACUCCUUCGACUCUAUUCCUCUGUCCAUCCGUCACACUUCCUGUCCACCAGUCUGUACCCGCGAUUCUCUCUCUCUCUUUUUUUGGGGAAACUGGUCAUGUGAUGAGAGCUGCACUGCAAUGCAAAAUGAUAAGAAAUUCAUUUUGAUGCCACCUUUGCCAGCUUAGUACUGCGUCUCUUGGUCAGUCUGUGGUCCCACAGUGGUCUGAGGGUUCUGUUGAACACACUCUCUCUCUCUCUCUCUCUCUCUCUCUCUCUUUCUCUCUCUCUUUCUCUCUCUCACACACUCACUCAGGCCAGUAGUCUGAUCUUUAGAGAUUGAUUUCAGCUCACGGUUUAUUCCACCAGCCAAUUUUUGUCGCUUUAAUCCACAAUUUGAUGGUAUUUGAUGGAAACGGUUUGUAUGUACUAUUCCGGGUGACAUGACGACAUGGUCUGAGUAUAGUGGCCAUCAGCAGGAGGUAAUGACCAUCAUGAUGUACCUGAAAUUUUUAAAUUUCUUCUAAAAGACACCUGACUGUUAAUAACACUGGUGGGAUGUCAGAGCUGCAUUAUUUUCAACGCUCAAGCUGCCUGUUGGACGCCUCCUGCUUUAUCUUUUGUUAGAAGCUAGCCAGCUACCUGUGAUGCAGGAUGUAUAUUUAUCUCCUCAAAAUGGCAUACUGUAUGAUCAGACAGCCCUAAAGAUCUACUAGCAAAAUUUGAAAUAGUUCAGCGUCGCUUGCUGAACUCAGGGGGUUGACUUUUUUACGAGUAGGAAUUCUAUUAUUCCUCGCUGCAGGUCAAGGUGGUUAAAUGCAGCAAUAAAUAAAAUCCGGAUAGUUGUGCAUGUUUAAAUGCAUCCAGAACACUACUGAAAGCAGAUUUCAAUCUAAUUGCGGUUUCAGGAAGUCCACAACACCACUUUUAGCCACAUUUGCCAACCAACUCCUCCUAAUUACACAUCAGUAAAUGUUUUCUACCUUUUCCUAUGAACUUGACUGAAAAGGAGUCGCAGCACAGGAAGCUGGUGAGGUCAGGAGUCGAUGUGAAUAUUACAGCUGGCUAAUCAAUGAAACAUCAGAUUGCGUGAGGUUAAAAAUCUUACACAAUUCUGAUACAAGUAUUAUGAUGCGUAUUGUGGAUAUAAUAUAUUUUAGCUGUUUCACUCCCCCCUAAUGAUCUGAACGCUGGCAGUUUUGAAGAUUUUCUCUCCUCCUCUCUCUCUUCCACUCCCUGUCCCAAAAGUACAGAAAACUAAAAUGUACGAGAACAAUCAUGCACACCUUCCUGUUGUGGACUAACCGGUACGUUGCAGUGUGUGUUUGUUCCUGUGAUCUCGAAUGGGUGAGGAAAUGAACUUUUCAGAACAGCAGCAGGGUUUCAUUUUUUUGGCUGCUUUAUUUCACAUUUUGUAUUUUAUGCAUUGAAUUAAUGGAGAAUUUGGUGGCGAUGGUGAUGAUUAAGUGCCUGUUAUACGAGGGAUAUUUUGUACUACGAAAGAUUUACAUGUCAAAGCACAUAUUUUAGCAAUUAUUCUUCUACUUUUUGUGUGAUAACAUCUUUCCACCACAAAGUGCGUGUUUAGAUCGUCAAAAGAGGAAAAGGAAAAAGAAAAAAAAAAACCAGCAGAGUAACUGUGUGUUGUUUUUGCAUUGUCUAUAUUCUCCUGAGGUAACAUGGUGUCCAUGGUGUAACAAAUGUAAGCACAGUGCAAUUACGUUUUUUUUUUUUUUUUGACUAGUCUUUAUACAUACUGUAUGAAAUUGUACACAGCUUUCUCUGUACAUAUCAAAUUUAGACUAAAUAAAACAGAAGGCUGUUUCUUCCUCUUGUUUACAUUA